AUGGAUUACCCAUUCAAAUCUUUAAGUAAUCGUUUGUUGGGAUCAUCUAAUGGUCUAAUUUGCAUGAGGUUGUUUGCUCGUUAUAGGAAUUUAGUCUGUCUUUGGAACCCAACCACAAGAGAAUAUAAAGAAAUACAACCAUUAUCAUCAAUUGAACCAUAUGACCGUGUUCGAUUACAUGAUUUUGGUUAUGAUCGCAAGACUGAUGAUUACAAGUUGGAAAUAGGUGUCCAAACUGAUAGAAGAAUGAGUAGUACACUAGUCCAAGUCUUUGCUUUAGCAUCAGAUUCAUGGAAAACCGGGAAAACCAUACCUUAUUGGUUUUCUAGGGAUCAAAGAUAUGGUGUGAUUUGUAAUGGAGACUUCCAUUGGUUAGCAGCACCUCUAGAUCAAGACAUCUAUUUUUUACUCUCGUUUGAUAUCAGUGACGAGACGUUUAAGGAAAUGCAACUACCGAAAGAAAUUUUCAAGGAGUAUAUGUACCAAUAUUUGUUUCUGGGAGUGUUGGAAGGGCGUCUUUGCAUACUUUUCAGCUCUGUUGGAUUAACUUCAACAUAG